GUCGUAACUUUGCCGCCGAAGAGAUUUGUUUUAAAUAUUAUCUUCAUGGAAUAUGGGCAUCUGUUUAGACACUGAACAAAACAACGAUGAGUUGGAGACCACAAGCGGCGACCGCAGCCGGCGCGAGAGCGCGUGGGCCGGCCGCGCGACGCCCCCGGCCGCCUCCUUCCCCAUGCAGAACUCCAGCCACGUCAAGUUCGAGCCGCCAAACGUGCCGGUCAUAUUCGUCCUGGGCGGCCCAGGCAGCGGCAAGGUGACCCACUGCGACAACCUCAUGCAGGAGCGCCGCGGGGUGGUCCAUAUCAACAUGACGGAUCUGCUGCAGCAGUACGCCAUCGGAAACGACAUGCAAGACUUCGGGACGCUGUCCAGCAAGACGGUCACCGAGGUUCUGAUGCUGGAGAUGAAGAUGGCGCCUACAGCCAAAACCUACCUCGUAUCAGGCUACCCGCGCUCUAUGAGGGACGUGGCUGAGUACUCAGAUAAGAUUCAGACCAUAAGCGGCGUGGUCCUCGUCAGCUGGCGACAGCGAGUCCUGGAGAGACAGAUCGAGUACGGAGCCCGGUUGGGACAUGUCGUGCUGAGUCUGGCCAGGAUGGAGCUCAACAACUUCUACAAGAACGUCAUGCCGGUCGCCGACUACUUCGACCAGUCCAACAUGCUCAUAGCGGUAAACGGCGAACGAAACCCAGAAGAAGUGUACAAGGACUUCAGGGCUGCUGUUCUCCAGAUCCUGGGCACGCAUGAGGACCAAGCAGCCCUCAACGGGGUUGGGACUGGGGGCAUCCCUGGGGAGAUCGUGGGGGUGGAACCCGCCCCCACUGCUAGGAGGCCUAGUACACCAGUGAGGGUAGAAGACACGGAGGACGAGGCGUUUGCUCUGCCCAUAGCAGCGCCGGUGGUCACGCCACCCAGAGAGAACGGACGCCCUGCAAUUAUCGUGCCGAAGUCCCAACUGAUCACCGUUCAGGGUUUUCUGAACAGCCACCAGCCGCAGCCUCCGGUGGGCGCUCCUCCGCCCGUGCUGUGGGUGGUGGGCGGGCCCGGCAGCAACAAGGCCACGCUGUGCCAACGGGUCGUUGCUAGGAGGCAGGGCUGGACGCAUUUCAGUCUCGGCCAACACUUGCGCGCGUUAGCCGACGCAGGUGGAGGCCCGGCCUCCGAUGGAGCCCUAGCCCGGGCCUCCCUUAGCGGAGGCGAGCUGGUCCCUGAGGAGCUGGUCAACAAGGUCGUGAGGGGCGCCAUGAACGAAGCCUCGAGGAACGACCAGGGACUCGUGUUGGAGGGAUACCCGAGGGACAUGGAGCAGGUGGAUCAUUUCCAGAAAGAGUUCCGCAUAUCGCCCCGUAUGCUCCUACUGGACUGCUCCAAGCUGCAACUCGGCCGGGGUCGGCGGGACGAUUCCGUGGCGGCGUUCCGGCGGCGGCUCGAAGUGUUCCGGGAACACAGCCUGCCUAUGCUUCGGGCCUUGGACCAGAUGCACCGCCUCGUUAUAGUGAGUAGACAGUCUGUGGACGGCGACUCCGAUGCGGCUGAAGUGCAGACGGAGUUCUCCCGGAUCAUGCUGGAAGAGCUGGAGAAGGCUGAAGCGAUCGCUGCGAUGCCGCCCACGCCGCAGCCGCCCAGCUCGCAGCCGCCCACGCCGCCUAGAGCUGAUGUAUCAGCGAUACAGCAGUUUGCACAUGCCGUGUCCCGCAUGGGCGGCGGGCUAGCCAACGGGUUCGCCAACGGGACGGUCCGCAACGGGACAGUCCGGAACGGGACAGUGCCCAACGGGUCCUUACCCAACGGGACCAUGGCCAAUGGGAUCGCAGGAGUAGUCAAUAAUAAGGUAAAGCCAAUAACAAACAACGUGUCAAAAAUCCCGACCGUGUCUCAGAUGACACAAGACGAGGUCCGCCGCCUCUACGAGGGAAGCUCGGGCGACAUCGCCACGCAUAUGUAGACGGUCUUAAUGAGUUAGUAUUAGAAAAUAAACCUUGUGGCCUUAUAAAUACAGUUGCAGAAACAAAUCCACGGAUUUAUCAUUCUCUAGAAAUAUCUUUAAAAUACAAACAUUUAAUAAUAAGUCGAAUGAAACAGGUCGGGGACACAUUAUUUCACUUGGAUUAAAAACCUAAAUACUUGCUAAUGUAGGUUUAUUUUUAGGUAAUGGACUCUAUGAGAGAAAAAUCAAAAUUAUUAGAGAAAAGUGCCGAAAAAAUUUUCUUUACUAUAGUUAUCUUUGUAAGACUAGAUUCUAAAUUAGAAUUAGAUGUGAAUGUAAAGUCAUAAUUUAAGUAAAUUACGCUAAAGUUACUAAAUUACGUACAAAAUAGUUACUUAAAAUAAAAAAGGUCUCAUAAAUAAUGAGGUUUUACGUUUAGAAUAUCAGUCUCUGUAACUUGAAAUCAAACUUUUUGUUCUAUGAUUGGUCUAACUACGAGCACAUACCUACAUAUUUUAAGCCAAUUUAAUAGCCUUUAAUCUGUUGGUACUUUGAGUUUGAAUUAUGUUUGAGGGUCGUUUCAUAUUUGAGUAUCUUUUUGUAAUACGCGUCUAUUGUUUUUUUUUGUUAACAAUUUGUGACUAUUUAUUUAAAAAUUACUUAAUGUGAUUUUUUUUCAUUAUGUUUUCUAAUUCAUUUAAUUUUUCUUUUAAUAUUCGUAAAGAACUUUUAUUGUUGUAACAUGUCGUAAUUCCACAUCUAAAAACUAAAGUAAGGAAGAGUUACGCACACGACUACUUAGUGCCUUUACUUUAUGUAAGAUACAUUUAAUUAGGUUCAAUUACAUAAUAAGAUUUAAUUAAUUAAAUUAUUACUUAGGUAAUGUGUACCUACCUACUUACUUAUCUAAUACUUAAUUAAAAUGUGAAUUUCUAAUUUAUAUAAGUAUCUUAAGAGAGGUUUAAUAUAAAUAAUUCUAACCAUAUGGGCGAAUAUGUAUAUUUUUUAAUGAAAAUUGAUUUCAUUUCAAAGAAAAAGGUAAAUAUUAAAGUACAAUCUAUUUAUCGAAUGGAAUUUUCAGAGGUAUUUUCGAAUUCGAUCUUAAAGCCAUGUAUUCAUUAGGCAACAUUUGUUGAUAAACACUGUUUAUAAACUGUUCAUAAACAAUGUUUCAUCAUCUCUGUAAACAGUUUAUAAACAGUCCAUAAACAUAGGUGAUGAAACAUUGUUUAUGAUACAUGUUGCCGUGCUCCCCGCUAUGAAUGGAGAGCAAGUGUGGACGGCCAAGUUCCAGAAACCUGUGUUUAUGGUAAACUUGUUUCACACUGAUCAUAAACAGUUUAUCAACAAAUGUUGCCUGAUGAAUACAUGGCUUAAAUCUGUGUGAUACAACUUCCUAUAUUAAAGUACAAUACCUAUAUUUAUCGGAUGGAACUUUCAAAGGUACUUGACCUAUGUUUCGAAUUCGAUCUUAAAUCUGGAACAACUUAGAAACUAAUUCUUUUUUAUUUAAAACUGUUUAAUGUUA